UGAAUUCUUGUUUUAGAUCUCCCUUCCGACCGGUGAGGGCACUGGGGAGGAGGAGCAGGCAGAGCCACGGUGCGCAACGUCACAGACCCGGUCGGGAAGCGCAGUGGCAAUCACGCAUUGGCUGACGGCGGUUGCCCUCGCUGACCAAUGGGGACGGGACGGGGCGUACAAAAGGGGGCGUGGCCCGGGGUUCUGUUCCUUCUGGCAAGGUACAGUGCGUGUGAGGCAGAGAGAGAGAGAGAGAGAGAGAGAGAGAGAAACGAGCAGGGAAACAGAGGAAGGGUUUUUGAAGACGGGUCGUCUUUGCUGUGUGGACUUUUGCUAACCCAUCUGUUCUUUGUAUUUUAGAGCACUAACGGGACGCUCCGGGAUUACGACGGCGGAGCGACUACCCGGAAGUGCUGGUUUUGUUACCCCCCGUGUUUUCCCGUUCCUGGAUUACAAAAGGAAGACAGACUGUUUUUGUUGUUUGUUUAUUUGGGACUGCAACCCCGUUUCUCUUUAUGUUGUCGGGUUACACAUCGUUGUGUACCCCGGCGGCCCUAUUGUUUAUUUGUCCCUAUUAUUUUUGAGUGCGUUUGGUAACCGGUUUUUAAGGAAAUAAAACCCAAGCGCUUAAUUGAAAAAGGACUGGAGUCUGUCAUUUUGCACCACACCAUCGGUCAACUCUGUCACACGUGGUGUCAGAAGAGGGAUGGACCCAACCACUUUGUCGGCGAUCCUGGAGGCGUUGGACAGCCGGAGGGAGGCUGAGGAACGGAGGAGGGAGGAGAGAUACACGGCUCUUAUCGAGAGGGUGGGGAUGGGGAUGACGUCAGCGGCGACGGGCCCCGUGCUGGUUGCCCCGAAGGCCCGGGCCCAGAAAAUGACGGUGGAGGAUGACCCGGAGGCCUACCUUGUAGCCUUUGAACGGUUGGCUACCACUGCAGCAUGGCCCCGGGAGUACUGGGCGAGCCAACUUGGUCCCUGCUUGAUCGGGGAAGCACAAGCAGCGUACCGGGCCAUGACUGACGACGAUGCCGCCCAGUAUGACCUGGUUAAGCAGGCUAUCCUCCGCCGUCUCAAUAUCACGGGAGAGACUCAUCGGGUCAGAUUCCGGGAGUUCCGGCGACCCCCCAACACCCGGCCCAGGGUGGUAGCCCAGCAAUUAUGCGACCACAUGGCGCAAUGGCUGAACCCCAGUCAGAAAACCGGGAUUCAGAUGGGGGAGGCCAUUGUGAUGGAACAAUUCUGCCAUGUGGUCGGGGCUGAGACGCAGGCAUGGGUACGCCGGCAUAACCCCACGACGCUAGAGCAGGCCGUGGCGUUAGCCGAGAACUACGAGGACUCCCUGGUGUCCGCCCGAACCACCCUGCUGGACUGCCCCCCUCCCUCCGCUGCCAAAGGACCGCCGUCGAACCCUUUUCCCGGACCCAGGGCCGUCAGAUCACCGGCCCCGUCGGGCCACCCGGCCCCCUUACAAUGGAGGCAGAGGUUGGCCCCCAGCUGGGGUAGAAUGGUUCCCCCUGCCCCGCUGUCAUACCAGCAGCGGGACAAAUAUGUACCACCUUUACCCUCUGCCCCACCCGUCUGUUUUAGGUGCCAGCAGCCGGGACACAUUGCCAGAUACUGCCCGGCGGCCAUGGAGUGCGACGUGGCUGCGUGUCACCUGGCGUCUGAGACAGAGCACUAACGGGACGCUCCGGGAUUACGACGGCGGAGCGACUACCCGGAAGUGCUGGUUUUGUUACCCCCCGUGUUUUCCCGUUCCUGGAUUACAAAAGGAAGACAGACUGUUUUUGUUGUUUGUUUAUUUGGGACUGCAACCCCGUUUCUCUUUAUGUUGUCGGGUUACACAUCGUUGUGUACCCCGGCGGCCCUAUUGUUUAUUUGUCCCUAUUAUUUUUGAGUGCGUUUGGUAACCGGUUUUUAAGGAAAUAAAACCCAAGCGCUUAAUUGAAAAAGGACUGGAGUCUGUCAUUUUGCACCACACCAUCGGUCA